AUGAAUAUAAUUAAGAGUACUAAUUCUUUUUACUAAUUUUCAAAGGAAUAUUAAACCUAUUUUAAAGAUAAAUCAGUAGAAUAAAUUGAAAAACCUUAAAAUCCUGUUACUUUAAUGAAUUCAUUUUUACGUAAUUCCUCUUUUGCCAAAAAAUCUGUAUAACCUUUAGAUUGGCCUUCUGAUUUAGAUUUAUCAAAUAUCAGGGAAGAAUAUUUUAUUAUAGAUCCUACCUAAAGAUUUUAAAGAGAAUGGAAUGAAAAGAAACUAUUUUUUAAGCAUAGAUAAAGUCCUUUAAGAACAGACUCAUUUAACAGAUUUAGAGAAAAUAUUCGUUCUUUGAGUAAAACCUAAAAAUUUUAGAAGGACAAUCUAUAGUAUGAACAAGCAGCUAUUUUUCCAAGUUAAAGAAAGUUAGAAUUACAAAUGACAGUGUAAGCAUAAAAGGAAUAUAAACAUAAAAAAGAAUAAUUUAACUUCCUAAAUAAGCAACAUCGUUUAAUUGAAAAUCUCCAUCAUGAUGAUAUAGUUUAAAAAUCAGUUAUAGAAAGUACAUAAAGUAGUUUAUGUAGACUAACAGAUGAAUGCCAAUAAAGAUGAAACAUUUAAUUAGGAGAAUAACAAAUUACAUAAGACAAAUUUUGAUAAUGAAAUAUCAAGUGAUUGGGCAAGAAAACGAAAAUCUCCAUUAAAUAAAUUAGAUACUUUUCAUAGGGUUAUUUCUCAAGAGGACAAUGAAAAAAGUAAAUUGGGUAAAGCAAAACCAAAUAGAGUAAAGUAAUUUGAGAGGAAAGGGAGAGAAUAUAAUAUUGUAAAUUUUGGCUGUAAUUGA